AUGCUCAAACUCCUCCGUCGCAGUUCAGGCCGACGCCUCUUCUCCACCACCGCCACCGCCGCCCCUAGUUUCUCAAAUCUGUACACCAAGUAUUCGUUUACUCCUCCUCCGUCACUUCAUGAAAACCCUAAAAACCCUAACACUCAAACACAUCACGCCGAUAACAGCAACAAGAAGAAAAAGAAGCCUCUCUAUCGUCCUCCGUCUUCUCUAGACAGGUCCGGCCAAAAACCUGUAAAAUCCGAUCUCCCUUUCGAUUUCCGAUUUAGUUACACCGAGAGUAGUCCUGCGGUGAGGCCAAUUGGUCUCCGUGAGCCAAAGUACUCGCCAUUUGGGCCGGAGAGAGUUGAUCGUGUAUGGACGGGUGUAUGCGCCCCUGCAGUGGAUCCGAUGGCCGGAAAGGAGGAGGCGGAGAAGUUGGAAGUGAAGAGGAAGAAGAUUAGAGAGAGGAUUCAAGGCCAGGAGUUGACGAAUGCCGAGAGGAUUGCGUUAGUUGAGAGAUUUGGGAAGAACAAAACCAAGAGGCAGAUCAAUUUGGGACGGGAUGGAUUAACGCACAACAUGUUGAAUGACAUUCAUAAUAACUGGAAACAGGCUGAAGCAGUUAGGAUUAAAUGUAUGGGUGUACCUACAAUCGAUAUGAAAAAUGUAUGCACACAGUUAGAGGAUAAAGCAUUUGGGAAGAUCAUACAUAGACACGGUGGUUCGCUUAUAUUGUAUAGAGGCAGAAAUUACAACCCCAAGAAGAGGCCCGUGAUUCCGUUAAUGUUAUGGAAGCCCCAGGAGCCCGUAUACCCAAAACUGAUAAAAACUACGAUUGAAGGUCUAAGUAUUGAGGAAACAAAAGAAAUGAGGAAGAAAGGGUUAGCUGUUCCUGCCCUCACAAAACUCGCCAAAAACGGUUAUUAUGGUGGUCUUGUUCCUAUGAUCAGAGACGCUUUUCUGGUGGAGGAGCUGGUGCGAAUCGACUGUCGGGGUCUGGAAAAGAAAGAUUACAAGAAGAUAGGCUGCAAACUGAGGGAUCUGGUACCAUGCAUUUUGGUAACAUUUGAGAAAGAACAAGUGGUUAUAUGGAGGGGUAAGAACUACAAGCCUAAAGAAGGUGGAUGCUUUCUCGAGGACCGUCAAUCUUUUGAAGGUCGUGGCACGGACCCAUGUCACGGAAUUCAAGAUGGCGGCCAUGGUCAAACUGCAUUUGACUCGGGUGACGAUGACUAGGAUGAUUAAUUGCUGCAAAUCUUGAAGCAAAACUAUGGUGUCUUUGUUGGGUGGUUGAUGCUUGCACUUGAAACUUCAAAGAUGAAUCAUGGAACAUAAAGCAAGUGAAGAGUUCUGUGUGGGCCCUACGGAGCAGGGCCGACACAGUUGGUUCCAGGAUGGUGUACUUGUAAAAAAAAAAGCAGUCAUUGUGGAUUGUUUGAGAUCUCUGAAGAAAUCCCACAUUGACUCGUGAUGAGAAUGGUCAUCUUUAUCAUUUUUCUUUGACCCUAAGACGGAUACGAUGUUCUUAUAUCAUAGUUUGUAUUCGAAGAUUUGAUAUAGAGUUAUCGUG